UGAAUCUCUACGUAUGUGUGUGCGCGGUCUUCCAAGUUCAUAAACACUCAUUCUCCUUUCUUCUACAUUUUCAAAAUUCUGUUGAGUUCUUCUUUUUCGUUCUCUAAAGAUUCUAGGAGUUCGACUUCUUGAAAUCUCAGGUUUGUUGCCAUAUCUCCCUCUCAAUCAAGGCUGCUGUUGUUAUUACUUGCGGUUUAUUUAUAGAAUGGACAUCGGAGAAGCUAUAAUCACGCGUGAAGGCGUAUUAGGGUUCUCUUCUCUUUUUAUUAUUAUUCUUUUUCAUAGGUUUGGUUUUAGAGUUUUAUAUUGAUGCGUUGAGAUUGGUUAAGGAGAUAUUCAAGAUUCUGAUUACUGCUGAUCUUGAUGCGUUGCGGUUGGUUAAGGAGAUAAGGAUCGCAGAUUGAUGUUUUUAAUACGUGGAAUAUCAAGAUUACUCUUCAAGAUUUCGAUUACUGCUGAUCUACAUUUAGUUUUACUUUUUGGGUAGGUUAGGGUUUUUUUUAAUUUCUUUCUUGCAAUGGGAGCAUCAAGGGAUUCGAUGCAAUUGGGUUCUUCCUCAUGCGUUCCUGUAUGUAAUUGGGCCUGGUUCCUUUGGAAAUUUAGAUUUCCUUGCUUGUUACUGAUUAACAGACAGAGAUUGUGGGAUUAGCUUCUGAAAUUUGGAUCUUUGAUGGGAUUUGGAUUGUCUUUGAAGGAAUGGUUAAUAUGUCUCUGUUAUCCAUUGAUUCUCUCUCUAUAUAUUUCUUUAUUAUAGUAUGGAGGUCAAGGUACCCAGGGGACUCUCAUAUCAAAGGGAAGGACAGCCUGCUAACCGUGCAUUAUGUAAAUUCAAUCUGGUUGGAAAGUGCAACAGAAACCCCUGUAGGUUUUUACAUUCACAACCACCAAUCCUGACUGAACUUUCAAGCGCUUUACCUGAAAACCGGCCAAAGAAGAAUACCAACUUUAGUGGCAGGAAGAAUGUGUGGACUUUGAGUGGCUCAAAAGAUGGAAUCAGAAAGACCCCCACUGAUAACAGACCUAAGAACGCCUUGGCUUCUUCUUCUGGAAGUGUUGAGUCAGGAGACAAGAUAAGUACUUUAAAGACUCCACCAAAGGUCUGUGAAUACUGAUAACUGCCAGUUUAUACAUUCAUGGUUUUGCGGGAAUGGGAUCUCAAUGCUGGCAAAGCUUGAUGGGCACCAGAAGGCUGUCAGUGGGAUUGCCCUUCCUUUAGGGUCAGACAAGCUUUAUUCAGGCAGUAAAGAUGGAACAGUACGACUUUGGGACUGUCAUACUGGUCAAUGUGCCAGUGUAAUCAAUCUUGGUGAUGAAGUUGGCUGCUUGAUUUGUGAGGGGCCAUGGGUCUUUAUAGGCAUGCCCAAUGUUGUUAAGGCAUGGAAUAUUGAGUCAUCAUCUGAAUUUAUCCUUAAUGAACCAGUUGGCCAAGUUUAUUGCAUGGUUGUUGCUAAUGAAAUGCUCUUUGCUGGAGCACAGGAUUGUGGUAUUUUUGUCUGGAAAGGCAGUCCUGGAGCUGAGAAUCCUUUUCAUCAUGUUGGAUCUCUAAGAGGCCACUCUCACACUGUGACAUGUCUAACUGUUGGACACAAUAUGCUUGACUCUGGUUCCAUGGACAAUACAAUAAAGGUUUGGGAUCUUGAUACUCUACAGUCUGUUAUGACGCUAGAUGGUCAUACUGAUACACCAAUGUCUCUUCUAUGCUGGGAUCAAUUUUUGUUAUCCUGUUCAUUGGACCAGACUAUAAAAGUUUGGGGUGUUGCAGGAGGCAACUUGGAAGUAACCUAUACACAUAAUGAAGAACAUGGUGUGCUUGCGCUUUGUGGGUUGAAUGAUUUUGGAUGACCAGUAUUAUUGUGUGCUUGUAACAAUAAUUCUGUUCACUUAUAUGAUUUACCAUUGUUCACUGAGAAGGGUGAGGAUAUUUUCAAAAGGUGAAGUUAGAGACAUUCAGGUUGGUCCUGAUGGCCUCAUUUUUACUGGUGAUGAAACCGGGAUAUUAAGCGUGUGGAAGUUGCUGGCAAAAUCAAGUGGAUGAGCCUUCUCAUUAAAAUUUGUACAAGAAACAAGUCGCCGUAUAAAUUGCAGAGUUUGGUUGUAUAUAAAGAGGCAUAGAAAGAACUUAACACUGGGGUUUUCAUCCUUGGUGAUUUUUUCUAAUUUUCUUCAUGGGUUGUGCUUUUCAAUUUGUUCAAAUGUUUGUAGAAGAACUGUAUUAUUUAAAUUGGAAUAAAAUUCUGUUGUUAGCCAUCUCAU